AAAUAGUUGAUGAAGCAACAUGAUCAAAAUCACUUUAAUUUUGUUUGUGGUAGCUGCAUGCAAAGGAUUUGAAGUAGGAACAAGAAAUGUUGUAGAAAAUUCAUAUUUUGUCUAUACACGGACUAAUCCUCAGUCUCCCGUGUCAGUACUACCUACAGCAGCAUCUAUUACUGCCGCCACCACCCCGAUAAAUACCGUAUGGCCUACAGUUAUUUUAAUCCACGGACAAAGUGGUAGUGUGUUCACUUCUCUAAACCCAGUUGUUAAAGAUGCAUUGUUAAGUGCAGGAGACCAUAACGUAAUAGUGGUCGACUGGUCCCAAUACGCCAGCCUCGGUUACUCAACAGCAUCAAGAGUUGUGCCUCAAGUGGCUGAACAUUUGGUCGUCUUUGUGGAAGCACUGAUUGCGGCUACGGUCGACGCGACUCCGCCGAUAACCAGAAAUGAAAUACACAUAGUUGGUUUUGAUCUCGGUGCCCAUGUUGCUGGACAUGCUGGCAGACUUUUAACUACACAGCCACCGAAUGUUGAACAGGUGGCUAGAAUAACCGGAUUGGACCCAUCUGGAAGCGGCUGGGGAUUGAAUUCUGAACGUUUAAGAGUAACGGAUGCUCGCUACGUUGAGGUUAUUCACACAGAUGGAAAAGGUAUCUUUGCCUAUGGAAUUGGAGUUCCUCUUGGCAACAUUGAUUUCUUUGCCAAUGGUGGAAACAACCAACCAGGGUGCUUUUCUCACUCCUGCUGUCAUGAACGUUCUUACGAGCUCUUUGCUGCAUCUAUGAUAAACCCCAGACUUGUGGGAUACCCGUGCUCUUCGACCACUCAGCUGAAUCUCAACAAAUGCAAUGGCGUACCGAUCAGACUGGGUACUAAUGAGCUGAUAAAAUUCGGGUCCGGAAUGUACAGAGCAAAUACCAGAAGGAGCUUUCCGUUCUAGUUUUAAUAAUUUAGAUAAUUAUUGGUAGUUAAUUGUUUAUAAUCUCCUUUGAUAUAUUAAUUCACAAAGGUCUUUUCUUGUAUUUGGUAGAAUUUUAUAAUAUUACGUUUGAAAUUAAAAUGUAAUUAUUU